CAUUUGUCUAUAUAAAUAACAGCAGAGAGCUUUCAUUUGCUAUUUGGACCUCUGUAGGAGGACAGAAGACACACAGAGACAUCAACACUCAGCAAAAAGGACAACAUACAUUGACCCCCACUGGUGCAGAAACAUGGAUGAACCUCUUAGAAAUAACUCACGUCAUGAUGCCAUACUUUUGAAAAGAGGUCCUCCAGGGCUUUACCGUCUGAACACAGAAAGAAAAUAUGUUGAAGGGACUGAUAGAAAGGUCAGACAGUGGAUAUAUGGACGAAGAGACAGAAACAAACUGAACAAAGUCAUACUGAUGGUGGGACAAACUGGCACUGGGAAAACAACCAUUAUCAACACCGUGGUCAACUACUUUCUGGGAGUGAAGUUUGAGGAUCAAGAGUUUUAUUAUAUCACAGAAGAAAAUGAAAAUAAAGAUCAGUCACAAUCCCAGACACGUGAGAUCACUGUUUAUGAGGUAUUCGUUGAAGAAAAUCCAACAUCUCUGACCAUCAUUGACACUCCUGGAUACGCAGAUACUGAAGGAUACGAGAAAGACAGAGAGGUUUCUGAGUCUCUAAUCAGAUUAUUUUCAGAUGAGGAUGGGAUUCAUUAUAUUGAUGCAGUGUGUUUUGUGAUGAAGGCAUCUCAGAAUCGACUCUCUGACAAAGAGUAUUACAUCUUUCACUCAGUUCUGUCUCUGUUUGGUAAAGAUAUAGAGGACAACAUAGUGUUUCUACUCACAUAUUCAUCUGGAUUGCCUCCAGAAGAUGCUCUUAAUGCCAUUAAAAAAGCAGAAAUACCCUGCAGAAGAGAUAACGCCAAUGCACCUGUUUACUUCUUAUUCAACAACCAGCAGAAAGUGGACCCGAAAGUGCAGAAAAAUCCAAAGUUUAUGAAAGCCUUGAAAUCAUCCUGGGAAAUGGGAGAAGAAAGCAUAAAUGAGUUGUUCACACUCCUAGAUGAAAAGAACAGAAAAAGAGUUCAGAUGACAUUAAAUGUUCUGAAAGAGCGAAGACAAUUUGAGGCCUGUGUAUCUAAUCUGGUGGAUAAAAUCUCUGAGAGGGAGCUAAAAACCAAAGAACUGAAAGAGAUUCAGGAAGCCCUUAAACAGAACAGAGACAAGAUUGGGAAUUGCGAAAACUUUCAGUUUACAGUCAAAAAAGCUGUGAGAGAAAAAGUGCCCAUCGAAAAUGAAUGGUGGUGGAACAGUAAGGCAACUUGCUGCUCCAUCUGUGAAGAAAACUGUCAUGAAUGGGACUGCAGCUGGGCAAAAGGUCCCUCAACAUGUUGGGUCAUGAAAAAUGACCACUGCACUGUGUGUACAAAGAAGUGUCAUCACAGCGAUCAUGUCAAAGAGGGAAAGAAAUAUGUGACAAAUAUUAACGAAGUCGUUAUGACAUUUGAUGAGCUCAAAAAGGAGUAUGAAGACACUGAAGAAACAACUGUAAAAGACUUUGACAAAACAAAAUUUGAAAACACAAAAGAGAACUAUGAAAGUAAUGUGAAAGACUCUACGAAUAAAACAGAAAUGGAACAAAAAAUUACCAAUGAUCUGGAGAAGAUUAAAAUUGAAAAGUCCAAACUGCUGGAUGAAGCUUAUAUUACCAUCAUGCGUCUGUCUGAGAUUGCAUUAAAAGCAGACAGUGCUUUCACUCUUCAAUACGUGGAUUUCUUGAUUCUCAGACUGAAGGAGGAGUGCAAAUAUGAAUGGAUGAAGAAUUUGGAGGACAUGAAAAAAGCUGGAGAAGAGAAGAAGAACAAGGGGGCUAUGCAUUAUGUGAUGACUUUUGGCAAAUGCCUUUUUGGGGCUAAAAAUCAAUAGAAAUCGGAAAAUUCAAGAUGGAAAAAGCAAAACAGAUGCUGCUCCAUCAGUGAAAUUGUUUUUACGCAAACAGCAUUCAUAAGACUUAACACGAGAGCUUUCACAAGAAAGAAAGAAAGAAAGAACAACUCACUAAGUGUAUAAGCAAACCUAUCUUCUCACCCAUCAAUUAUCCUCCUCCCCUCCCUAGUCCCAUCCCUUAACUCUGGCUAAAGAAUUAUUAUAUACCACGCAUGAUGUAUCUUCUCAAUCUAUUUUAAUCAUGUCUCUGUGAUCAGUAUAAUGGUGAUCACAGUCAUGUAUAUAAUGGGACAGAAUGAAAACGUAAGAGAGUUCUGUUUUCCUUUUUGGGUGGUGGACAGACCCAAACAAUUCCACACAUGACGGAAUGGAUGGCUGGAUGAUUACAACAUAACAAAUUAUCUUCUAACAUAUAUGACCUAUUAAGUUUUGAUUGAAACAGAACAUAAAACAUUUUAAAAAAUCUAUGUCAUGACCUCUUUAACAUUGCAUGAUAAUGUUAAUAUCGAUAUGCUAUUCUCAUAAUGUAUCUGCUGUUUUGCAAUUUUCAGAGUUAGAAUGUGUAUAAUGUAAUAAGCCAUGUGGACAAAUAAUGAAUAAUGACAAAUAAUGUGCAUGCACCUUAAUAGAAAGUGUUCAAUAUAUCAGUAUGCUAGUGUAUGCGGGGAGCAGCCUAUAGUUGUAUAUGAAUAAUAAUACUUGUAAUGUUGGGUCAGAGUAUUGCUCUUUGUGUGUUAUAGAUAAACCAUGCCCUCCACUACAAUCCUACUGUUCAUUCUUAUUUCAACUGAUAUGCACCUAGCCCACUUACAAAAACAAGAUGUUUCAUCCGAAAGACUGCGCUUAAGUUUUUCCCUUUAACUCAUGCAUCCCAUCCUUCUUAUCAAUCUAUGCCUGCCCAUUUGCAGUGGAUCCCAGAGCUCAUACUGACUGAAGGAUAUUCAUUCCUCUGGAUGCUCCAAAGAAGGCCUCAUUGUCUCUAACACCUAAACCACUUCGAGUCCAGUGCAGUCCACAUCCUGUUAGUAGACACAGACUGAUGUGCAUUGUUUUGGAGAUUCCCAAUUUUGAGAUGUGGUCACCUAGUCACAAUAUUCCCAAUCUUGUCUCACUGGGUAACUGUGAUAAUGAAUCAGGUAAAUUAAAGAUUGAUUUUGAUGAUUUACUUGUUGAAAGACUGGAGCAAGCAGGUCAAACGACAAAAGAAGAAAGACAAGCGUCGAGAGAAACAGAAGUGGAGAUCAACCGACGGACCAUCAGAAUAUCGUUUCUAAGAUAAGAAGAAUAAUUAGACUGGUGUGAAGACAAGAAGGCAUGAAUAAGAAGACAAUAAAAAUGAUGAGAGAAAUCAUUAAUUGUAUUGAGUUGGUUAAUGUUGAUUUGGAGUUACAGUCUCUGGCAAAUGGUAUCGAGGCCUUGAGAUUGCAAACCUCUGUUGCAAGACCAGAAAACCCUUAAAAGGUAACAAUGAGAUAUAUGAUUUGUUAGACAUCAACCAUAAAAGGCAGUAAUAAGAAAUGUAUGAUGUUAACAUUUGCUCAACAGUUGAGACUGUCACGUAUGCUUGCUUUUUGCUAAGAUAACAAUGAGUGUGCAAGGAAAUGCAUCUUGCAAUCUGGAUUGCAGGAUGGACUUUCUUUCUAAAAAAUUGUAUUGUAAUGUGUUUAAUCUGAUUAACACAGGGAGGAGGAUGCUGUGCAGUUUAGCAAUAGUUACUUACUUAGCCUACGCCUUAAGAUUUUGUAACAGCUUAAAGAAAAGAUUAAUUUGCUUUAAUGGAAAGAAGAUAGAGCAGCAAUUACUUAAUGUAUGUGUGCAGAAGAGGGGUUGCCAAAAAAGGAAAUGUUAUCUUCCUGUAUCCAUAGCAACCUGACUGUUAGUGUGUGCGUGCAAGCGGAUGUGUUAAUGUGUUUUACCAAAAGGAGGCAUCCGGAAGAAAUGAUGUAUGGUUUUUGGGACUAUAUAAUGUUAUGGUUUGGACACAUCCCCUGCCGCAUCUCGGGGUGAAGACUUACGCUUUUACUUUUGUUUUUUAUUUGUUAAUAUUUUGCUUAUGAGUUAGUGUUUAAAAUAAAGUGAAGCCAUGUACAAUGGUGAUGCGUAAAAACCUUUAAACAA